AUGAGAUCUGUGCAUAUUUUGCUGGUUUUUGCUGAGUUGCUGGUAAUUUCUUUACGAUCUGCGGUUUUAUCCUAUGAUGCUUACCCUUCUGGAUAUGGCGAUGAAUCGGGGGCUUGUGUUGGAAUUGGUGAUACGAUCUCGAGUCCUUUGCGAAGGGAAGUAUAUGAUAACGGAGAAAUAUUUGACAUCACACACAGGUUCACUCCCAAUACACCUGUGGGUAGUUCUACAAAGGGUGUUGGUCGGUUUCUAACGCUCUUGGAGAGCAUGAAGAAUGGCUCAGACUAUAAUUUCUCGGAAAUGAAAUUACCCGUGCACUCUGGUACACACGUUGAUGCGCCAGGGCAUAUGUACGAUAACUAUUUCGAUGAAGGAUAUGAUGUGGAUACACUUGAUCUUAGAGUUCUUAAUGGUCCAGCACUGCUUGUUGAUGUUCCCAGAGAUACGAAUAUAACUGCUGAAGUUAUGGAGUCCUUAAAUAUUCCCCAGGGAGUGAAAAGAGUGCUAUUUAGAACACUAAACACUGACAGGCGUCUUAUGUACAAAAAGGAAUUCGAUGCGAGUUAUGUGGGAUUUAUGAAAGACGGGGCGCAGUGGCUUGUAGAUAACACUGACAUUAAACUUGUUGGAAUCGAUUACCUAUCUGUUGCUGCUCACGAUGAUGUGAUUACUGCUCAUCUCGUUUUCUUAAAAAGCAGGGAAAUCAUCCUCGUUGAAGGCCUGAAUCUUGAUAAUGUUAAACCUGGAAUAUAUACGGUGCAUUGCUUACCUUUAAGGUUGGUUGGUGCAGAGGGAUCACCCAUUAGAUGCAUCCUUACCAAUUGA